AGGUUAAUCUUAACUACGGAAGCCAUUCAUGUGACCGUCUUUCUUUCUUCUUCUUCAAGUGCCACUAGUCGAUCGACUCUUUUUGGCGAACGUGUUAAUGGUUUCCUCUGCGCAAUGGAUUCACAAAGAACAGCAGAAGUAAAAUCAUCGUCUCAAGCUUCACACAAGAUACAAAGUAAACAUCAAAGUCCUACAGUUAGUGAGACUUUAGAACCAGAUCCAGGUCAAUCAUUGAUUUUGUGUAGUAAUGACAAAAAGAUUUCUCACGAAGACAUUGGACUAGUCCAGAAUCUAAUAGAACAUUGUUUGCAACUGUAUAUGAAUAAAAAGGAGGUAAUUAGAACCCUGUCUAUUCGAGCUAAAGUUGAACCUGAGUUUACCGCACUUGUGUGGCAGAAGCUUGAAGAAGAGAAUUCUGAAUUCUUCAGAUCUUACUAUAUUCGAGUGAAGCUGAAGAAGCAAAUCAUUUUAUUUAAUCAGUUAUUGCAGCAUCAAUACAAUCUGACUAUUUGUUCUUCUCCUAAUGGAGUUCAACCAACAGCUGCUUUUCAGCCCCCUCGUUGUUCACCUCAGCUUCAUGUAAACAAUGGAAAGCCUUCUCCAGGAACGUCUCAACUCAGUUGGCUGAAUAAUGAUGGAACAUCUGAAGCAGCUGCUCCGGCACCUGAGGGCAGUGCAAUGGCAUCUAUGUCAGAGAUUGCAAUGCGCCCAUCACCAGUAGCAUCAAACAAUCAUUUUCCACUCACUCCGCUUGAACUGUCUAUGGGAAUGGAUUCCCCAGCUCUUGGUUCAACAUUCACAUCUGAUGUACAUGUCGGAGAAUUGGAAACCCGACUAGAUGUUGAUUUUGCAUCUUCAAGAGACUCUACCAGGUCGUUAAGCCAUAUUUGGAACUUCAGCCUUUCAGAUCUAACAACCGACUGCGAAAACUUAGAUCUUGGAGCAAUUGGCGACUACAGUGGCUCCCCAUUCCUUUCAUUUGGUUCAGAUCUCUUGCUCGAUUUGCCAGUCGAGGAUGAUGUAGUUGAGUAUUUUGCUGAUCAAAUAAGUGGCUCGAGCUUGCAGUCAGGUGAAGAUAAAGCAUAUAUAAACAGGGCUGAGGAAACAAAUUAGUGGACCUCCAUUAGUGCAGGUAUCAAACAAAAGGAAAUGCUGUUAUUCUCAGCAAUGUAUUAUUAUACUCACUGAAUCAUGUACAGGACAAAAAAAUCAAUGUUGAGACUGCAU